AUGGCACUGUAUGAGGCGUUAUAUGGUCGUAGGUUUCGUACUCUUACCUGUUGGACAGAAUUGGGCAAGCGGCGAGUUUUGGGGCCAGAGUUAGUUUCUAAUACCGAAAUGAAGGUAAAACUGAUUCGAGACCGAUUGAAGGAAACAUCUGAUAGGCAGAAGUCCUACGUGAAUCUUAAACACCGAGAGAUUGAGUAUUCUAUGGGGGACUACGUAUUUCUCAAGGUCUCCUCACGAAAAAAGUUAUUGAGGUUUGGGCGGAAGGGUAAGCUUAGCCCUAGGUUCAUUGGGCCUUACCGUGUACUGCAGCGUGUGGGAUCGGUCGCCUAUCAACUUGAUUUGCCUCCAAAAUUAGACCAGGUUCAUGAUGUGUUCCACGUCUCCAUGCUGAGGUUUUAUCGCUCUAAUCCCACACAUAUAGUACCAGUUGAGGAGAUUGAGGUUAAGCCAGAUCUGACCUUCGAGGAGGAGCCAGUGCAAAUUUUAGACUGUGGGGUUAAGGUACAAAGAAAGAAAUCUAUUCCUCUAGACAAAGUACUUUGGCGCAAUCACAGUUCAGAAGAGGCCACGUGGGAACCCGAAGAGGCGAUGCGACAAUAA